UGCCUUUUUGUCGAUGAAUUUGCAAGAAUCCAUACCCGGAAAGACCGGCGACCACAUGAAUUUAUGUUUAAUGUUCCAUGAGCUUUCCUUAUUCAAUAUAGAGGAGUUAGGUAUCUACUCUUUCCUCGAUUUUUAAGUUUCGACAUAUUUUCAUCGAGAUGCUCGACAGUUUUGUUUAUAUGCAGAGUAUAUACAACUUAUUCCAUGUUGAAAGUUCGAUCAUCUUAUCUCAUUGCAACUUCAAACAUUCAUCUGUUGUUUUCACAGAAGACCCUGACCUCUUCGACAAUCCUCUCAGAAGCACCAAAUAAAAUCGAAGGCUAUGACGAGAUGUCUUCUCACGUUACUCAACUACAUUCCUUCGGAAACCUCUUUAGAAACACCAAACUUAAGCAACGGUCAUAAAGAGAUAUCCGCUCACAUUGCUCCGCUACAUCCAUUCACCGGCUGGGAUGCGAGAGAAAUCGUGAGGUUAGUGCAGUGCCCGCUAUGCUCCAAAAUAUUGCACGAGCCAGUAACUUUACCCUGUGGAAAUACUAUAUGCAGGGAAUGCAUAUCAAGUAGUUCAUUAUGGAGAAUAUCAACGACUUUACGCUUAUCCUACGUUGACUCAAGUCGCGAUUGGAGAUUCACCUGUCCUUUGCCGACCUGCGAACAAGAACACACGGGAGGGGACACCUCGACAAACCCUGAUCUGAAAAUCGUCAUCGAUGCGUUCGACACCGAAACUACAAGACAAACGAAUGUGCCAAAACCAGCUUGGAUACUAUUAAAGUUGAAUGGAUUUGAUCCCCUUUCGGUGCAAGUUCUGACAUCUUUACUGAGGCAGAGCAGAAGCAGUUGUUUAGGGGGGAAAAUCACUGCAACCUAUCUCAUGGCAAAUAUGGGGAAGCUCCCAUACAAUUCUGAUGCAUUUUACAAGCCAUACUCAUAUACAAUGGAGACAUGUAGGUCGCUGGAUGCAGAUCUACUGGACCGCCUGAAAAAUUCGAUAAAACCGGCAUUUAAUUGUUGUCAGCUUUGCCAAGAUUGGUUCCUGGAGCCAGUCACAGCAGGUUGCGGCCAUAGCACAUGCCGCACAUGUCUUCAAGAACUGCUAGAUCUUGAAAAUUUCAUACACCGCACAAGUGUUACGGACGUAAAGAAAGGCUGUCCGUCAUGCCGCCAAAUCUUAUGUGUUCCUCCAGCUUGCACACCUGACGUAGCACCGACGAACAAAUUAUUAGACAAGCUAUUGAACAGAUUUUUCCCGGAAGAAUUGGCAAUUAGGCGCAAAGAGGCAGAAGAUAAGACCAGAAUCGGUACGAAAGGGACGGAUCUCUCGUUGUUCAUUGAUACUGUCUGUUUUCCGACACAGAUGAGGAAACUUCACGUAUGGCAGCCUAGCUAUAUUGUAAUGAUCGAAAAUCUUCGACACUUUCCAUGCGAAAAGCGUUUAUUUGGCAUGCUCUUUCCCAACCCAUGUGGAAUUCCUCAAGGGAACCUGGGCUCUGUCCCCUUUCGUGAAUAUGGGACACUUGUGCACUUGACUGAUAUGGCACGCAGGAAAAAUGGUACUUACGAUAUUGUCGUCGAAGGAGUUUCCUGUUUUAAAGUUUUGCAGCAUGAUACUUUCCAUUUCUAUCCGAUUGGCAAGGUUGAAUGGCUGUAUGAUAUUGGUGUUGCGGCAGAAGAAGCCCUUGAAAUUCGUGAAACUGUUCCCCCUCCGGCGAUCAUUACCACGCAUCUAAACGGAGAUGACUUUCUUGAUACCCAGGUCCCGGAUACUUUGACCGUCCAAGAUCUUGAUACGAUGCCUACCGUGUACAUCUUAAAAGUAUCUAUAAAUUUUUACUUGGCGAUGGAUAGGGAUUCGACAGAGGAAGAUCUGAAGAGAAAUCGGGUGCGGUAUGGGCCUAUUCCACUGGACCCAAAAUAUUUAUGGGACCCAGUGAAAUUUCCUUGGUGGCUUGCGAGUGCGCUCGAUAUCUCGGACGGCGAGAAAUGCAAAAUGUUAAGAGAAACGAGCAUCAGAGGGAGGCUAAAACUAUGCGCCAAAUGGGCACUCGAGGGAAAACAGUUUCGACAACGUAGGGAUGUUUGGUAAGACUGAAGCUUGCACUGUACCAUUUAUUUUUUAUUUUGCUAUCAUUUGCUAAUCUAUUUCUCCGCAAGAUCUUGAAACUUGUCACAAUGGAUUUUGACUUGGGGUUUCUUGUUGUGGUACCUAUGCUCUCCCUUGUUGUAAAUCUACAGGGUUGAAGAAUAGGAUUGAGUAUAAUUGGAACGGUAAUGAGAGUAUUGAAGUAAAGGAAUGGCAUAACUUAAGUAGUUAGUUGUAUGGCUCUGGGUUGGGAAGUUUGAAACCAGGAUAAUCGGAUAGUUUUUGAUUCAUGUAAUAGCUCUAUACCCUACUGUUGGGGCUUUGGUCGGGAUUGAAGUUGAGCAUCGGUAUUGUUUUGAUGUCUGGGUAACCUUAUGUUCAGCUACAAGCCAUCUUUAGGCGGCUGUAUUGGGGUACCGCAUCAAUGUCUAUUUCACAGAAUUCAAAACUUUGAUAGACGUGGAUGGGGCUGAUGCUGGUCACUUAAGUAUCAUUACUCUUCACUCACUUUAUAUGUCAACGGUACGAGAUGC